AUGAAGCGCGCGUUUCGAGCUGGUAAAUUUCCGGAAGACAUCAUCACAAAAGACAUGAUACGUGAGGUGACUUGUACGAUUGAUUGCGCUCCCGGGACACCAAACUACAAAGAGUUCAAAGUGACCGAAGGGAUGUUGUUCACAAAGGUUCCGGAUAAUUUGAAGCCUUCAUUGGAAUUUUGUGAUAUGCUUCUGAAGAUUAAUGGGAAGGCAGUGACGACGAAGAAACAGAUGCAUGAGGAAAUUUACAAAUUGGCAAAGUCUAAUAAGUCUCAUUAUCUCGCCUUCACUGUCAAACGAAUCAUCAGUUGUGAGAGAGUGGAGUUACGUAACACACCAUCCAAUGCGUCCGCCCGAAAACCAGCUUCCAAGGAUCCUGCAGUAAAACCCAACAAUGGAUACACAUACUACAAAAUUGUGCUCAUCUAUUUUCCAAAGAGCAAAUUGGGAAUCAAUAUCAAGUCAUACGCGGAUUGUGUCUACGUCGCAACCACUGAUAAUCUAUGGGGUUCCACAACCCGACGUCUGCUUUUCCCAUGCGACACAAUUCUGAAAAUCGAUGAGACUCUAGUUUUCGAUUGUCAAACUUGUCAGGCAGCAUUGAAAAAUGGUUUUGCCAAAAAUGGAAUUGUCACCUUGUAUAUUGAACGACCAAUCGGGACAAGCGCCAUUGCCUUCUCUCAUGGGGUAUUAUCGUUCAAUCGGAAGACAACAGAUCCCUACAUACCAGAAGAUGUUGUACAGAAAUGCAGUGAACAACUGGCUUAUUACGAGAAGAACGGCUUCCAGGACCCGCCUCCAAUUUUCAGAGGAUACACCAAAGAUUAUAGUUCAGCGGGGCGGGUCAAGGUGACGAAUACUGUAGAGAAUAAGAAAAUCCGUUCUGAUGAUAUCAACCCGGCUAUUCUAAAACCAGUGCCACCACAAAUGUCUCCAAAGAAAUAG